AUUUUGACUUUAAUCAGAUUGUAAACGUUUCGAGUGUAAGAACUUCUGCUCUGUGUGCUAAACAGAUUCAGGAAGUCGAUUUAAGAAGUGUAGGACAACUGUAAUAUAGAAAAAGAUAACCAAAUUUCUAGAAAAAUUUGAAGUGCAAGAAAAAUUUGUUUGAAAUACAUCACUAACAUAAAUAAUAUAUUAAUAAUGCAUUUGAAAAUAUUUGCCGUUCUGUGCUUCCUAUCAGUGUUGAUUUUUGCUGCAAAUGCCGAGACAUCAGACAAUUGUUCCCAACCACAUCCAAAGGGCUUUGGCCCAUGCCGUAUGCUUUCUUACGGUUUCUGGCUUAAUCCCGAUACUAAGGCAUGUGAACAAUGGAUGGAAGGCGGUUGUGAAGUACAAGGAGGACAUAGUUAUGAGACAUUGGAGAAGUGCAAAAAUGAAUGUGAAGUGACAGCUUAAGAUAUUUUUUUUAAAAAUCUUUCAUUAAAAUUAAUUACAAUUUUUGAGAAAAGUGAGAAAAAAGUUUAAAAAUUUUAGUUAAACUUAAAGUUAUAAUAAGGCCGGUUAUAUGUUGUAUCUGUGGAUUUUAUAUUAUUUUUUUUUUAUAUU